GUGGUUCACCUCACUUCAACUCACAAAGCUGCAAUCAGAGCAAUCCGAAAAAUUAAAUUCUUUGUCGCUAGACGCAUCUUCAAAGAAGCGUUGAAGCCUUAUGACGUGAAAGACGUUAUUGAGCAGUACUCUGCUGGACAUCUGGACAUGCUGACCAGGAUUAAAGACUUGCAACUGAGG